CCGCUCUGAGCGCUGCUGUACUUGCCAGAACUCCUGAGCACCCGGCUGGGUAUGACUCUAGUCUCAGCAAUGGAACGAGUGUAAGAAAUAAUUUUGAAAGGUUGCUGGCGUCUGCGAUGAUAAUCAGGAAGAGAACAGGUGCAACACACCUGCUGAGUUCACCUUGUUUUGGGAUUACCGUCUGAAACUUCAGCGUUGGAAAUCGGACUUUUCCUGGCAGACUUGCCUUUUGGUCUUGUCAGACAUAUCGCUCAAGCCAUGCAAACUGAACUUUUGCGCAGUUAAGUAUUGUCCACGGCCGAUUACAUUCGGCGUGCCGAAGUCCUUCGAUCACUUGCGCACACUGUCGUUGUCGGACGGUGCCAUGGGGAAUCAGGUGGAAAAAUUGACACAUCUAAGUUACGCAGAGGUCCCGACUGCUGAUCCUAACGGUUUUGAUCCUGAUGAUGAUUGUCCACGUAUCGGAGUGUCCUACAUCUUCUCUAACGAAGACGACGAUCAAGAGGACAGUGUUGAUGGGACCGAGCGGGAGUCAAACGAGGAAGACAAUCACUAUGACAAGGGAAAUGAGCUGGAGUGUGCCGUUUACUACCGUGAAGAUUGUGUCUAUGAAAGGAGUCAUAAAUUGAUAGAAAUGGGAACUCAGUCUCCGGAAAAUCUUCUGAACAAGUGCAUGCCUGGUGACUUGAUUGAAUUUGCGGCGAGUGGUCAAUAUCCCCACUGGGCCGUUUAUAUCGGAGAUUUCCAAGUGGUUCAUUUACACAGAGCAGAGGUGAGGAGUAAUUUUUUGACGGACGCCAGUCAAGGCCGACGGGGCAGAAUAGUCAACGACCUUUAUAAAUUCCGCCCGCUAAACCCUGACGCGGUGGUGCAGAACGCAUUGGAACAAGUCGGAGCCAAAGACGGGGACCUGAACUGGAGAAACUCGGAGUGUUUUGCCGCCUGGUGUAAAUUCGGUAAGCGCGAGUUUAAAAUUGGUGGGGAAAUACGUAUAGGAAAGCAGCCAUACAGGAUGAAAGUGCAACUAUCAGAAAAGAAAAGUCACGUUUUGGAGUUUCAGAGCUUGGAGGACUUGAUUACGGAGAAAAGAAGAAAUGACCAAACUGGUAGGACGGCUGUUGUACAGGAACUAUCCAAUCAUCUCAACAACACGGGUGACAUGAACAUGGACAUUGCCCAGGAUUACAAUUAAUGGAGCGCAACGUAUAACUCCACAAUGGACAGAGGUUCUGUGAGAGAUGACACGCACAACAACUAGAUUCUAGGAGUAUUAUCCAGUCUCUCUGCGCCUACAACUGCGCAUAGAACUGUUGAUGGAACAUCGAAGUUUUUUUUUAUUGAAUAUACAUUUAGACCAGACCAGUAGUAGCUGCACACUUUUUACGCACGGCUUUGUCAAGUAAUCCACACGCCCAAGACGACUAACUCAGGUGUUAGCAACUCUUCAUACCUUAAUUAAAAGCACCCCUUUGAUCUAAAUAAUUUGAAGUUGGUUCAGGCUGUUACUGUGAUGAAGGCUUUACUCACGCUCAAACUGUACUUUUAUAUUUACAUAAUUUCUUAUAUGAGUGCAUAGACUAUCCACAAGUGUAUUUUAGAAAAUAAAUUGAUUAUUUUUUCCUAAA